CUGGUCACACAAAUUUUAGAACUAAUAAAAACAAGUUGAUUUAUUUGUAAGACUUAAUAUAAAAACAUGAAAGUACUAGUUACAGGUGGCACCGGCCUUGUGGGCAAAGCCUUGCAGACGGUGAUCAAGAACCAGGGUCGACAGGAAGAGGAAUGGUACUUUGCUGGCUCCAAGGACGCCGAUUUAACAAAUCUAGCCGCCACGCAGGCACUCUUUGCCCGGGAGAAGCCCACGCAUGUAAUCCACCUGGCCGCCAUGGUCGGAGGUCUGUUCCACAACAUGAACAACAACCUGGACUUUUUGCGCAACAAUCUCCUAAUCAAUGACAACGUCCUGCAAACAGCCCACGAGCAGGGGUGCGUAAAGGUCGUAUCCUGCCUGUCCACCUGCAUUUUCCCGGACAAAACCACGUACCCCAUAAGCGAGACAAUGGUGCACAAUGGGCCACCGCACCCCUCGAACUACGGGUACUCCUAUGCUAAGCGAUUGAUAGACGUGCAAAACCACGCCUACCACGACAAAUAUGGACGGAUGUACACCUCUGUGAUUCCGUGCAACAUUUUCGGGCCACACGACAACUACAAGCCCGAGGUUAGCCAUGUUAUUCCGGGCAUGAUCAACCGCAUGCACCGCCUUAUCACCGAGAAUCCGGAGGUGCCAGAGAUCGAAAAGGUAUUCACGAUAUUCGGCAGCGGGAUGCCACUGAGACAGUUCAUCUACUCGCUGGACCUCGCCGAGCUUAUGAUCUGGGUGCUGAGAAGCUAUGACAGCGUCGAGCCCAUUAUCCUCAGUGUGGACGAGUGCCAGGAGGUUACUAUCUUCGAAGUGGCCAGCGCCAUAGCUGAGGCAUUUCACUUUAAGGGAAAACUUGUCUGUGAUACGACGAAGGCAGAUGGCCAGUACAAAAAAACCGCAUCCAAUGCCAAGCUUCGUUCCCAUCUGCCUGACUACCUUUUUACGGACUUCGAAAUUGCCAUCAAGGCGUCGGUGCAGUGGUACAAAGAUAACUAUAACGAAGCCAGAAAGUAAUUCCAAAUGACGGACUUUAGAAAUGUAAAUAGAUCUCUUCUGUUCGCAACAUAA